AUGGCCAACACCAAAGCCAAACGCAAGGCCAAAGCCGCCCUCGCCGCCGCCGCUGCUUCUGGCACCCCCUCGGACCCGUCCGGCCCCCCAGCUCCGGCUUCCACCCCCUCAACCGCCCAAGACCCCGCCCUCCUCGCCGGUGCAGCAACGACGGAGAACGGCAUGCCUCGCAAGAGGUUCUAUCGCCAACGAGCGCACGCGAACCCCUUGUCGAUUCAUCAUUUGGACUAGUGCGUACACUUCGGACUUGAGUGAAAAUUCAAGCAACCGUUUGCACGACUGAUCCUCCCCCCUCUUCACACCCACAGCCCCACCGCACCCGAUCAAAUGGACUGGUCCAUCCAUUACCCGACCUACUUCUCCCCUCCCAUCUCUCCCUCCUCCGGAUCUGUGCCCCUCCUCGGCCCUCGCCCUCGAGCGAAACGCGUCGAAUUCGCCGACAUCGGCUGUGGAUUCGGAGGGCUCCUCAUCUCCCUCGCUCCUCUGUUCCCCGAUACGCUCAUGUUGGGUAUGGAGAUUCGCACCCAAGUGACCCAGUAUGUCGCGGAUAAGAUCAAGGCGUUGAGGUUGAACCCCGGCAGUGUCGAUCCCGAUCGACCGGAUGAGGUACCCGUUACUUCUGCUGGUUCGACGGAGAAGGCGGAGCCAGAGGAAGACGGUGAACGUCGAAGCAAAAAACCCAAGCUCGGAGAUCAGCAAGUUGCCUCAUCAGAACAGGGUGGGAAAGAGAUCGAUCUCAGUCCUCCUCAAGGUUACGCUUACGGCAACGUCAGUGUGUUGAGGGGUAACGCGAUGAAGUUUUUACCCAACUUUUUCGAAAAAGGCCAGGUCGGUCCUUUCUUUUUUUUUGUUGGUCCCACUUCCUCACAAAAGGAUUACAACUCAUGCGAAUCCGAUUCGUCACGACUACAGUUGUCCAAGAUGUUCUUCCUCUUCCCCGACCCGCACUUCAAAGCGCGCAAGCACAAGGCCCGCAUAAUAUCGUACGAUCUCUCCUCUCCAAUCCCCCAUCCCCAAACCCUUCCAAACUAACUCCCCCCCACCCCACCCGUCCCAACGCCACAGUCCGACCCUCCUAGCCGAAUACGCUUUCGUACUCCGUCCCGGCGGCUUGCUCUACACCAUCACCGACGUUCCCGCCCUGCACACCUGGAUGACCUCUCACCUCGCUUCCUGUCCUAUGUUUCUCCGUCUGACCGAAGAUGAGAUCUCCUCCCUUGGAAGCGAAGGUGGGGAAGGCGUCGAAGGGGAGUUGGAGGGAGGUGAGAGAGGUAGGGAGAGGGAGAGGAGGUUGAUGGAGGCUGUUAGGAGGAGGACGGAGGAGGGUAAGAAGGUUGAAAGGAAUAAGGGGGUUAAGGAAUGGAGCGUUUGGAGACGAUUGACCGAUCAAGAGGCGUUGGAGAGAAAGGGUUUGGUUCAGGUGGUGGAUGAUGAUGAGGAGUAG